CAGGGUCACUACAUCCACGUUCCGUAACAGCAGCACUAUGGCAGAACAGGAAGUGCCCACACCCCUGAAAUCUCUAAACUCGAAUGAUCCAACAUUUAUCUCCUUUGUUAACAAAUCCAGUCGGAAUGCCAAAGCAUGGUGGCUAAACUUCUCGGGAAAACCCGUAUCUUACGGCGACAUAAAACCGGGGAAAACGCUCAAGAUGAACACAUACCUGACUCAUCCGUGGAUCUUCAGAGCAUCUGACGGAGCUAAACUGCUGGCUAACCUCAGUGAAGUUUACUUUCCAACUCAAGCGCAGUAUGAGUACGGAUACCCGCUAUACAAGUCUGUGUGUGUGACUGCACCAGUGUACUCAUUACAAGAAUAUUGUGCACGGUUGAUCCGGAGUAUGGUGAGAAAAGAAGACAUCUGCAAGCUGGAAAUCCCCAACAGUUUGAGAAAAGACAUAAGUCGUGAACCCGAUCUACUGAGAGACAUUGAGAUUUUAUCUGCUAAAAUGUCAGUAAAUGGUGCAGUCUGAUCCAUUUCCCUCCUCCCGGUCAACUAGAGAGCAGAAAUCAUUUAUGACAUCAGAUGUUCAAAGUAUGCAGAAGCUCAUGGUUUCACUUUCUUUGAACAUGUGGGCAAGUUGUUAUUCUAUGCAAAGACAGGGCAUCAGCACUUUCAAUUAGAGCAAUGUAAUAUUGGGUUCUACCUAUUAAACAACUGAAAAAUCACGGGUAUGUUGUGGCAAAUAAAUACACAAAUACCCCUUACAUAAAAUAAGAUUGAAUUAUUCGAGUGCUUUUGGAGGAUAUCAUCACUGGACUUCAGCUCAACCAUUUAAAUUCAAUGAUAGUAACUAACUGUUUUAUAUGAAGACAACAUAUACAGGGUAAAAUAUUUUAUUUUUUAAUUACAACACCAAAGAACAUUAAAUUAUAAUCAAUCUCAGUUUUUUUUUUUCAUGUGACAAUUUUGCCCUUUUAAAAAUAAAUCAAGAGCAAUAUUUCUCUCUAUUAUUAUACAUAUUAUUAUGUUUUAUUAUGACUAAUAUUGCACUUUGGGUACAGGCAUACAGAGAUCCCUGAAUAAUGUUUUAUAUUUAUUGAUGCUUUUGAAACUGACUGCAUGCUGCUUUAAAAUCAUGUUUAUUUAGUGAAUAGUAUAUUGUUACACCAAAGACUGCUGCAAAUAAAAAAAAUAUAUAUUAUUUUCAAGAUGUUUUGGUUUCUUUGCAGCUCUUAUAAUGUAAUUCGGGCCUUUUAAGUAAAAGUGUCUAGUUACUUUAAAAUCAUAAACAUUCCAUUAACACAUCCAAACUAAACUAAAUAUUGCAGGCUUCUCGUAACAUUGGUUCCCAAACCAUUAAAGGGAUAGUUCACCCAAAAAUGAAAAUUCACUCACCAUCAAAUUGUUCCAAAUAUAAUGGAAGUCAAUGGGUGUCUGGUUACCAAUUUGAGGGUAAGUAAAUGAUGACAGAAUCUUCAUUUUUUGGGUGAAUUAUCACUAUAACACUGAUUUACAACACCUAAAUAAAUAUUCAAAAUUUCA